AUGGGUGUGGGGGAGGAGGACGUGAGGAGUGCGGGUGGCCGCGGGGAAGCCUUCGCCAGCGCGUGGCCCAGGAGCCCCAGCGUCCUCCCCUGCAAGUGGCACCCACCACACGGGGUCGUCGUGAGCAUGCUGGGAGAGGCUGUGGGCGCCUGGUGUGCUCAGACCCCAAGGGGUCACUGCUGCGGACCGGACUCACCCCGUUCUUCAGUCUGCCGGGGGGACCCAGAUUGCAGCACACUUAGGGCACUCUCGGGUCUUCCGACGGUCGUGCUGCAGGCUCUGGAGAUCCGUGAGGCCUUCAAGGUGUUUGACCGUGAUGGCAAUGGCUUCAUCUCCAAGCAGGAGCUGGGCACAGCAAUGCGCUCCCUGGGCUAUAUGCCCAAUGAGGUGGAGCUGGAAGUCAUCAUCCAGCGGCUGGAUAUGGACGGUGAUGGCCAAGUGGACUUUGAGGAGUUUGUGACCCUCCUGGGACCCAAGCUCUCCACCUCUGGGAUCCCAGAGAAGUUCCAUGGCACUGACUUUGACACUGUCUUCUGGAAGUGUGACAUGCAGAAGCUGACAGUGGACGAGCUGAAGCGGCUGCUCUACGACACCUUCUGUGAGCACCUGUCCAUGAAGGACAUUGAGAACAUCAUCAUGACAGAGGAGGAGAGCCACCUGGGCACGGCCGAGGAGUGCCCCGUGGACGUGGAGACCUGCUCCAGCCAGCAGAUCCGCCAGACAUGCGUGCGCAAGAGCCUGAUUUGCGCCUUCGCCAUCGCCUUCAUCAUCAGCGUCAUGCUUAUCGCGGCCAACCAGGUGCUGCGCAGUGGCAUGAAAUAGGCACUGCCCGGGCCCUCCACCCCACCGCCGCCUGCAGCCCUAUCCCUUGCCCAGUUCCCGGGGCCACUGUCCACCUGUACGUCAGGACCUGAACAUCUGGCAACCCUAGCCCACCCACCUUAUGGGCCUUGCAUGGAGCCGUGGCCUGGCUGUGGAGGGCCUGGCUGCGGCUCUGCGGAUGGCCCCUGGGCCCACCUCCCUCCUGCCCUCACCCCGGCCUGUAUGUAGCGCUAACUCUUCCUGCUGUCCAGGGGCUCCAGGGAGACCAAGGAGAGAUUCGAACAGGAACCCCCAGAACCCAGCCACUGCUGUGGUCCCUGAGGUGAAGGGACACCCUGAGCCCAGAGAAGGCACCUGCCUGUUCAGGGCCACACAACCAACUCCAGCCCUGGUCCCUGCUGUUUGCCCAGGACUCUGGGCAGGGUGAGGGCAGGUAGCCUCUGAGAGGAGGGCACAAAGUCGGGGUCUCCUGGUCCUGCUCCCGGGCAUGGCCUGAGGAGUUCCCUGGUCUUCUCCUGGGUCCUUUCCUCUGACCCUCUUAGACCCAAAUCCAGCCCUCCUCUUCCAUGUACCUGUUGGGCCAGAGCCAGCCCAUUUCACAGGUGAGGAAGCUGAGGCUCAGAGGACCCAAGAUCAGGCCUCAGUUCCCCCUUCAACAGGCAUCUGCAGGAAGGGAAGGAGCUCACGGGCAUCUGAGGUGGCCCUGCAGCCCCCCACAGAGGCUCAGCAACUAAGAGCCACAUUACCUACCACCCCAGCACAGAAGCUGGAACUGUAGUCCAACUGAGGAAGGAAGCAGGGCUGGAGCCUGAACGCGCUCAAUAGCCUGAGCAGCCUGUGUAUUCCCCGCCAGCCAGUCAGCUCCUCCCUGGGCCAAGGAGCUGCCCACCCGCUCAGUGCCAAGAGGCUCAGCCAGGCCACUCUCCCAAGCCCAGGGCCUGCCCUCCUGGGUCUCCCUGCUUCUCUACGCCCCCAAGGCUGGAGACCCAGCUCCCAUCCCUGCCCCAGUUGUGCCAUCCCAAAUGCUUGGGCACCAGCUCAGGCUGGGCAGAUGUGGGGGCUGCAAAUUCCGCUGGAGCUGGGCCAGCAGGCAGCGUCCUUUGGCUCUCCUGCUGAGACGACGAGCCACUUCUCCCCUGGGCAAUGAGCAGAGCCAUGUUGAUGCGCCCUCUGCCUAGAAUGCUGAGCCUCCGCUGGUGAGCACAGAUCACCCCGGAGAAGAUCUCCUCUCAUUCCAG